AUGGCCAAAAUCGGAGAUGUUGUUUACAAAAUUACGGAAGCGCAAGCCAACUGUUUCAAGACAGCCUUUGGCAUUUUCGACACCGACGGCGACGGCUACGUCACUCUCGAAGAAUUUGCAAAACUCUUCCGCUCCGUUGGCCAGUCACCUUCGGAGGCCACUCUGCGAAAAAUCGCCGAAAAAUUCGACCCCGAAGGCUCCGGAAAGCUGGGGCUGCACACGUUUCUGAGCAUUUGCGAGUCGGAGUUCUUUGAAGAGUCCAUGAAGGAGGAAAAGCUGUUGGAGUGUUUUCGUGUUUUCGAUCAAGAUGCAAUUGGAAAAAUCAAAACUACAGAACUCCGAUUCAUUCUUCAGCAAAUUGGAGAGCCUCUUUCCGACGAAGAGGCCGACAAAUUCAUCGAAUGGGCUCUCAAAGUGCCUGAAGCAGUUUCAGAUGGGGGCAUGAUAAACUAUGACGUGUUGGCGAGAGAGUUGCUGAAUCGCGACCCGGAUGUGUUAUAA